UAAAGCGCCACGAUGACCACGCCAGUCCCGACGACAAUCGCGUACGAGGAUGUCGCGCGCCUGCCGACUCCCGGCAGCAACGCUCCCACGAACAUCCAGUUCUCCCCCAAUGGACGUCUUAUUGCUUUCCUCCAAAGCUCCAGCAAUGAACUGUCCCAGCAGCUUUACGGCAUGGACGUCGAGUCCAAGCAGGUUUCGCUCGUCGCGCGCGCUCCAGGCAGCGGCAACACGGAAAACAACUUGUCCCUCGAAGAAAAGUUGCGCCGCGAACGACAGCGCCAGAUGGGUGUCGGGAUCACGUCCUACUUGUGGUGCCCGGCGCCGCAUUCGACGCGCAUUUUGUACCCGCUUCAAGGCAACUUGUAUUUGCAAGAAUACCCUGGCGCCGACCUCGUACUGUUGUUCGACAAAGCGUCCACGGGCGCCAAGGGCGGUGCGAUUGAUCCACAAUACUCCCCCGACGGUCGCCAAAUUGCGUUUGUCCAAGAAAACGAGAUCUACGUCAUCGCGGCGGACCCUGUCGGCGGCGGCGGCACCCAGCCAGCGACGCAAAUCACGUUUGGGGCACGUGAAGUCGGGAAGAGCCACGGGUUGGCAUGCUUUGUGACCCAAGAAGAACUAUCUCGAUUCCGCGGGUUCUGGUGGUCGCCCGACUCGUCUCGCAUCGCGUUUGAAGAGAUUGACGACACCCACAUCCCGGAGUUCCGCAUCAUGCACUCGGGCAGCGCCGAAUUGGGCGACAACGCCCAAGAAGACCACCGGUACCCGUUUGCGGGUCAAGCCAACCCGCGUCGCCGCCUCGCCGUGCAGUCCGUCAACGUCUCGACGCGCCAACUCCCCGUGUACGUGCCGUUCCCGGACGCGGACUUUUACAUUAGCCGCGUGCACUGGUUCGUUGACGGGUCGUUGGGCAUUGAAACGCUCAACCGCCUGCAAACUGAAGCCGCGCUGUUGCGAUGGACGCCCACGACCCAAGCGCUUGUCGAGCUCAUCCACGAGACGUCCGCCGUGUGGCAGAACGCGCACUACUUGUACCGCAACCUGGAAUCCCGCCCGGACGGGUCAUUCACGUUCAUCUGGGCGUCCGAGCGCACGGGGUUCAUGCACUUGUACUUGUACGAGUUUGCCCACGGCGCCGCGACGCUGGUCCGGCCGUUGACUCAUGGGGACGGCAACGUCGAAUCGAUUGACGGCAUCGACUUGGAGCACGACGUGCUCUACUUUAGCGGCAACUUGACAAGUCCGAUCGAACGCCACUUGUUCCAGACGUCUCUUUCUGUACCGAACGCGCCGAUCACCCAAGUCACGACCAUCCCCGGCGUCCACAACGUCGUGUUGGACGGGUCUGCGUCCGUGUUUGUGGACGUCUACCACAACCUGACCACCCCUCCGACCGCCGUCUUGUCCAAGCUGGCGGCGCCGGCGGUCACCAUUCAUACCCUGCACGCAACGUCGGACCCGCGCCUCACACAGCUCCAAGACCGCAUCGAAGCGCCUUCCACGUUCACAUUCUCAUCGCGCGACGGCACGGCCACGCUGUACGGCGCACUGUACAAACCCGAUGCGGCCAAGUUUGGCCCGGGGCCGUACCCGACCAUGGUCAACGUGUACGGCGGGCCCCAUGUGAUGCGAGUGCAGAACGCAUGGAAUGUGACGGUGGACAUGCGCGCCCAACUGCUGCGCAACUUGGGGUACGCCGUGCUCAAGGUGGAUAACCGGGGGACGUACCGCCGGGGGUUGGCUUUUGAAGGCGCGAUCAAGCACGCGAUGGGCACGAUUGAGAUCUCGGACCAGGAGGAUGGCGUACACAAGCUGAUUCAAGACGGCGUGACGAUCGCGGGCAGAGUGGGCAUCAUCGGAUGGAGCUACGGCGGGUACAUGAGCGCGAUUUCGCUCGUCAAGGCCCCCGCCACGUUCAAACUGGGUAUCGCCGGCGCCCCCGUCACGUCCUGGGACGGAUAUGAUACGUGCUACACGGAACGAUACAUGUCGACGCCCCAACUCAACCCCGAAGGCUACGCCCGCGGCAACGUCAUGAACUUUGUCCAACAUCUGCAGCCGCACCAAAAACUGCUGCUCAUCCACGGCCUCAUCGACGAAAACGUCCACUUCCGCCACACCGCGCGGUUGAUUAAUGCGCUCAUUGCGGCCCGCAAGCACUACGACUUGCUGCUGUUCCCCAAGGAACGCCACUCCCCUCGCCACCUUGAAGACCGAAUCUACAUGGAGCAACGCAUCGCACAGUAUAUCGUCGCCAACUUGUAAGGUUCAACCGGAUUAAAACAUGAUACUUCGGAAGUAGCUUUUACUCACAAUUUCGAGACAUGAACGGCCUAGCCAAUAGUAUUAUUGCAACCCUGCGAGUAUUCGUUUAAGAAUUCAACGCGGAAUAAUCAAAUUUUUGCUCAUAUGUGACACAA